UCCACCAUUCCUUCGUCUAAACCUCAUCUAUUUUGUACCUAAAUACUCGGAACUCUCAAAUUCGCACUCACUACACAUCAAUGGGAGCUCUGAGACUAUCUUCUCUCUCUUACAUUAUAGCCUCCUCCUCCUCCGCCCGGUCGCCGUCGAUUUUCCGGCGGAACCACCACCUGCGACUUCCUCUCCGGCCGCUCUCAACAGCGAAUUUCUCUGCCCAGAGUACUACCGAGAAAGAGAGUCCUCCGGAGGUCGAGGACCGAGUCGCCAACCAGAAGUCCCGAGUCCAAGACCGAGCCGUAACGCCUCGGUCUCAGGACUUCAAUGCUUGGUACCUCGACGUCAUCGAUAGCGCUGAGCUCGCCGAUUACGGUCCCGUGCGGGGUACUAUGGUCAUUCGACCCUACGGUUAUGCCAUUUGGGAAGCUAUUCAGGAUUAUUUGAAUGCCAAAUUUAAGGAGACUGGUCAUAGUAACAUGUAUUUCCCACAGUUUAUACCAUAUUCGUUCAUAGAGAAAGAAGCAAGCCAUGUUGAGGGUUUCAGUCCAGAAUUAGCCCUAGUGACAAUUGGAGGAGGAAAGGAACUUGAGGAAAAACUUGUGGUUCGACCUACUAGUGAAACCAUUGUGAAUCACAUGUUUACUCAGUGGAUUCAUAGUUAUCGUGAUCUUCCUCUCAUGAUCAAUCAGUGGGCAAAUGUGACAAGAUGGGAGAUGCGGACCAAACCAUUUGUGAGGACUCUUGAAUUUCUUUGGCAAGAGGGCCACACUGCUCAUGCCACUCUAGAGGAGGCAGAGAAAGAGGCAUUACAGAUGAUUGAUGUCUAUACAAAAUUUGCUUAUGAGCAAGCUGCAAUACCUGUUGUUGCAGGUAGAAAAUCAAAGGUGGAGACAUUUGCUGGUGCUUCUAAGACCUAUACAAUUGAAGCUAUGAUGGGUGAUCGCAAGGCUUUGCAGGCUGGAACCAGCCACAACCUCGGGCAGAACUUCUCUCGUGCUUUUGGAACACAGAGAGUUAUCACUUUGCAAGUGGAAAGACAGUGUUGGGAACUACUAAAGAUGUUUAGUGAUGAAAAUGGACAACGGCAGUAUGUAUGGCAGACAUCAUGGGCUAUCAGCACCCGUUUUAUUGGUGGUAUCAUCAUGACCCAUGGGGAUGAUGCUGGUUUAAUGCUUCCCCCAAAGGUUGCACCGGUACAGGUGAUAAUUAUCCCAAUCUUCAAGAAGGCUGAUGAGAAGACAGGAGUUCUUGGUGCUGCAUUAUCUGUGAAAGAAGUUCUAACAACUGCAGGAAUUAAAGUCAAAAUUGAUGACUCAGAUCAGAGAACGCCUGGAUGGAAAUUCAAUUUCUGGGAAAUGAAGGGAGUACCUCUAAGGAUUGAAAUUGGUCCUCGUGAUGUUUCAAGUGGGAGUGUGGUCAUAUCAAGAAGAGAUGUUCCUGGAAAACAAGGGAAAGUAUUUGGAAUAUCUAUGGAAUCUUCAGUUUUGGUAGCUUAUGUCAAAGAAAAGUUGGACGAGAUCCAGUCAUCACUUCUGGGAAGGGCAUUAUCAUUUCGAGAUAGUAACAUUGUGGAUGUGAGCUCGUAUGAUGAGCUCAAAGAGGCGAUUUCUCAGGGCAAAUGGGCAAGAGGUCCUUGGUCAGCAAGUGAUGAAGAAGAAUUAAAGGUGAAAGAAGAAACAGGGGCAACCAUUAGGUGUUUCCCCUUUGAGCAGCCCCAAGGGACGAAAACGUGCUUAAUGACGGGCAAUCCAGCCGAGGAAGUUGCAAUUUUUGCCAAAUCUUAUUAGUCUCAAAACAUGCAUCCUUGUUUGGCAUUGAAUUCAUCUUUGGUCGUCGUGGCAUGCACUUGUAAUCAAAAUUUUCAAGGCUGCUGCUUCUCUUCGAGUGUAUGAUUAAUAUAUUUUGAUAAGCUGUAGCUCACAAAUUGUAAAAUUUUAGUUGUUUGGUUGCUUAUAUUUCAUUAUUGUGUAGUGUAGGACCUUUAUAAGUAAAAAACAUUUUGAAGAGGAUGGGGGGGGACCUUUAUAGAGGGAGCAUUUUCGUUUGCUGAAUUGCUGAUAGUCAAUGAUGUUUAAUGCAGAGUUUUAAUUGAAAGUGGUGUUAGUGUUGUUAAUAUAUGUAGGGUUCAUCUCCUCUGGAAUUAAAUAAUGUUUCUGAGUAGUAAAAUCAUUUUUAAUACUAAAAACAUAUCUGCAGACACAGAGACACAGAAAGACAAUAUGAAAUGAAAACCAGUAAAGUAAUGCCAUUCAAGCCGAAAUUUUAGAAAAUAAUACAUUAUUAAUGUGUUCUGAACGAUGCCAUUUUAUCAUUGUUGUUUUUAUUUUAAUUUUUUUUUAUUUAUAAUAAUAAUUAUUGCAUAGCAGAUUUAUGUUUUUGUAAUUUAGAAAAAAAAAACAGUAGUUGUAGUAUAUUUAUGAGGAGGAGAAGCUGAGCUGAUUAGACACGAAAGGAAUCUGUUGACUUUUGAUGGCAUGGUGGGGUAUGAAGAUUGGGCGCCCUCCUUUGGGGGUUGGGUUGGUCAUUGUGGUGGGGUUCCCUCCGUGGAAUAAAAGCAACACGGCAUGGGACAAUGGAGGAUGGCACAUGCACUUUAUUCUUGAGA